CGGUUGCCUUUUUAUUCUAAAGAAAAGUUAUAAUGAAAUCGUUUUUCAUGAAAUCUUUAUUAGGUACCAUUAUCACGUAAGAUUACUCAAAAAGUAGAUUUGAUGCACGAGUUCUGUUUGUUGCCUAUAGUGAUACACGUGUUUACGAUUUUAAACAAUUCAAAAUUUAAAAAAUUUACAACAAUUAUAUGGAAGACUGUCCAUUGGAUAAAGCACAAUUAGGAUAUCAUACCUGGAGUCUUCUUCACUCGAUGGUAGCGUACUAUCCGGAUGACCCUUCUCACCAACAACGGAAAGAUAUGGAUAAUUUUUUUAGAUUAAUUGGCCGUUUAUAUCCUUGUGAAACAUGUGCACGAGAUUUCACCUUGCUUUUAACCAGUCAACCACCUGAAACAGAUUCUCAACAAUCCCUAUCGAAUUGGCUAUGCCGUGUACAUAACCACGUUAAUCAAAAACUUGGAAAGCCAUUAUUUGAUUGUAACCUGGUUAACGAGCGAUGGAGGGAUGGGUGGAAGGACGGAAGCUGUCAAUAA